UCUAUUGAGUGUCUGAUUAAUCAACAACUUGGGUGAAAUAUUCCUUUAAACUCUGUUAAAUGGAUACACAGUGACCUCAUAAUGAUGCAUCAGUGGGUCUCAGUGUGUUAUGAUGUGUCUCUGAGUCGGUGUGUGUGUGUGUGUGUGACGUCCUGCAGAGAGAAGGCUCAGAUCAUGAAGAAGACGGGGAUGAGACGCGUUCUGCUGCUCGGGUCGGGGUACGUCUCCGGACCCGUUGUGGAGUAUCUGACCCGAGACAAGACCACUCAGGUCACUGUGGCGUCGAUGAUGCUGCGGCAGGCGGAGGAGCUGGCGGAGAAAUAUCCCAACACCAUCCCCGUGAUGCUGGACGCAGGCAGUCAGGAGGGACACCUGGACUCUCUGGUGAAGGACCACGACCUGGUCAUCAGGUACUCACUCAUCUCCUCCCUUACU